CCAAAAUAUCUCUUCGUUAAAACCAUUCCUUCUUUUCUUUCUUUUCCUUUUGAACUGGAAUUUUUAAAUCUCAUUCAUUCUCAGUCGAAGCUUUCAACGAAGAAAUGUUAUCGACUCAAACAUUCUGGAAUCUUCUUCUCACUCACCAUCUUCAACCUCCAGCACUCCAGUAGUCCAAUUCAACCUGAUCAUCGAUUUCUCUUUCUAAAUUCUUCAAUAAAAACCCCUUUUUCUUCAAUUUGUUAAAAUUUUGUAAGUAAAUGUCGCCAAAACCCUUAACAUCUCGUCAUUCAAUCGAUUCUUGCUUGUUCCAACUCCAUACUUGGAAGCCUUUCAACAGUUAUUCAACUUCUAAUUCUAAUUCUAAUUCCAAAACCCUAGAUUCUGAUUCGUACAUUACAACAAUUCCCAAUUCUCACUCAAACCCUAAUCGUAAAAAACCCACCGGGCUCCAUUCGAAACGCCCUUGCUUAUCAGAUCGAUCGACUUCUAUAUUUUCUUUAUCUAUUGACUCUAUUGAUUUCUCGAAGCUCAGUCUUUUCGACGAUGGUGGGGGUGACAAGUCCCGCCACCCUAAUAGGAGAGAAAAAUUUCGGUGGAUGGCGAAGAAGCGACGUCGACGAGGCGGGUCCCGUUCUGUUUCUGGUAGAAGCAGUGAUCGUAGUGGGACCCGAUAUGGGAAGUGUUGCUCUAUGGGGGCCACUGCGACGGCUACUUGCUCGGAUUUUAUGGUGGCAGCUGGAGGGACUGAUUCUAGUGGGGAGUUGUUUGUUAAUGGUGGUUUGAAUGGGAAUGCUAAUGGAUGGUCUUCUGAUGUUAGCGAAGCGAGGAGAGAGAGGGAGAGAAGUGGGGAAAAAGAGAGUUUGAUUACGGGUUUUGGCGCUGGGGGUGAUGCUCAAGGGAACGAAUCCGGGUAUGGGAGUGAACCUGGAUAUCGUGGCGAUGCAGAGUUUGGAUAUGGUGAUGAAUUUGACGAUGAAGAGGAGGAUGCCAGAUUGUCGUUGUGGGGUGAUAAAUUUGGAGGUAUCCGCUUGGAGAUGGUGGAAGAGAACUCAUUCUCCGCGCAGAAAGCCCAUCAUAGAGGGCGUAGAAAGAAGCACGACUGGAGAAUGAUGGCCUCUGUGCGAUGAUGAUAGUGUAGUAGAGCAGCAGCCAUAAUCUCCAAAUAUGCUGAAAUCAUAUUUGUUCCACUAAUUAUUAACUCCAUAGCUAAAUUAAAGUGUUCGGUAGCCAUUUAUGUUCAUUAAUCAUUUGUGGUUGGUCUUGGAAGAAAUUUUGGAAAUCUUCUAUGUAAAUCAAGUGUACGGAUAGCUGGAGUGGUAUAAUGAGCUGCUCUUUUUUUUUUUUCACUCAAACUGAAAUGCCGAGCCUAAAAGAGUGGUGAGUAGCUUUUGGUAUAAGCUCUUUUUUCCCGUUUUUUCAUUUUCCUUUUCUUUUUCCUUCAUAAGUGGGGGCAACAGAUAUAACACCCGAAUUUCCUUCUAUUCUUUCCGAUUGUACUUUCGUAUACUCCUGAAUUUCUGACUACUUUUAUGAAACCACAAUCAAAAAGAAAGACAGGAAAUUUGGGUGUUGUAACAUAAGUGUAGGACGACUGCUACCAAUUCAAAAAUCUGGUCCUGGCCUCUUGGGUCACCGUCACAUGGAGUUCAAUUGAGUCGCUCCUCCAGCAUCACCUAUGGAGAUGGAGUAGCAGUGUAUGAGACUGCCUUGUGAUAAACGUCGACGUAAAAGAAUAUCGCUAUAUUGUUUUCAUCGAUUUCUUUUUCUUUGGCGCUUGUGAUUAAUAAACGGCAUUGAGAUUCGUAGUUUAAUUGCUAGGCAUUAUAUUUCUCCAGCAAAUUUUUUAGCAGAUGUGUUUGUUUAAAUUGUUAUGGAACAAAUAUAAAACAUACACAAUAUAAUAAAAGAAUUGUUAAAUGACCAA